UCUUAAAAAUUUAGCAAGAUGAAUUAUAACGAUCCAUUAGAUCCGGCUAUGAUCAUAACGAAAGUGCUAACAAAGAGUGAUGUUGUUGGUAAUGUAGUAUUACCAAAAGCAGAAGUGAUGUCUGUCCUCACGAGGAUGAAUGUUAACGAUCAAGAUUUGGAAAACGGUGUUGAAGUGCAAGUCCACGACUUACUGGAAGACGAUUUAUACACAGUAACUCUAAAACUUUCAGGUAUCGACAAGCCUAAAUAUUAUUUCGGGUCUGGUUGGAGUACUAUGAAGCAUUCGUUAGAUGUCGGAGAAGGCCAUGUUCUGAAACUCUACUGGAAUCAGUGGGAAAACAAAUUCGUUGUUCUGAAUUUUCAAUAUUCAUUACUUCCCUUAAUGAUUCCCGUCUAG